CCAUGGACGCAGAGAUCGAAAUUCAGAAGGAGGAGCCGACCUUUGAGUCAGUUGUUACUGAGAAGGCCGCCUUCUACAAGGAGCUAGAGGAGGAGGAUCUGUACACCAAGUACAAGAAGCUCGCGCGCCAUCUCGAACUCCUCGAUAUUCAGGAAAGUUAUAUCAAAGAUGAGCAAGCUAACCUCAAACGAGAGCUCAUUCGUGCCCAAGAAGAGGUCAAACGCAUAAAAUCUGUCCCCCUCGUCAUUGGCCAGUUCCUAGAAGCCAUAGAUCAGCACACGGGUAUCGUUGGGUCCACUACCGGCUCAAAUUACGUUGUUCGAAUUCUCUCUACGCUGGACCGCGAACUGUUGAAGCCUUCCUCCUCUGUGGCACUCCAUCGACACUCAAAUGCAUUGGUCGACAUCCUUCCGCCAGAAGCCGACUCUUCAAUAUCCAUGCUAACCAAGGAGGAAAGACCUGACGUCAGCUAUUCCGACAUCGGUGGCAUGGACACACAGAAGCAGGAAAUCCGUGAGGCUGUUGAGCUGCCUCUGACCCACUUCGACCUCUACAAGAAGAUCGGUAUUGACCCUCCUCGCGGCGUGCUACUAUAUGGCCCACCGGGUACUGGAAAGACCAUGCUUGUUAAGGCUGUUGCUCACCAUACAACCGCCUCAUUUAUCCGUGUGGUUGGGAGCGAAUUUGUGCAGAAAUAUCUCGGUGAAGGACCCCGGAUGGUUAGAGACGUUUUCCGUCUUGCCCGCGAAAAUGCUCCUGCAAUCAUUUUUAUGGAUGAAGUGGAUGCUAUUGCCACAAAACGGUUCGACGCACAAACCGGAGCAGAUCGAGAGGUCCAACGCAUUCUUCUCGAGUUGUUGAACCAGAUGGAUGGCUUCGAUCAAGGAAGCAACGUCAAGGUCAUCAUGGCUACCAACAGAGCAGACACUCUGGAUCCCGCCUUACUUCGACCCGGCCGUUUGGACAGGAAGAUUGAAUUCCCUCUUCCCUCUCGCAGAGAGAAAAGAUUGAUUUUCCAGACUGUGACAAGCAAGAUGAACCUCGGUCCUGAUGUUGAUCUCGAAGAUUAUGUAUCACGACCCGACAGACUCUCCUCAGCCGAUAUCGCUGCCAUCGUUCAGGCAGCCGGCCUCCAAGCGGUUCGUAAAAAUCGCUACGUAAUCCUUCCCGUCGAUUUCGAGGAAGCGUGGAAACAAACUGUCAAGCGCUCAGACGACACCCACGAGUUCUAUCGCUAAUUGGGAGUAUUCAUGUGAGUUUUUGCUUCCGAGUCAAAAUGGACUUAUCGCUUACUUCGUCACAGCCUUUGUAUACUACAUUACAUGUUAUUGUAAAUGCCACAAACUACAGCAGAGCGACCGCCUUUUCCAGCAUACGCUCUCAUUCACUUUAGCGUCACAUCGCCUUCCCACGAGGUGACGCUCAUUCUCGUGAGCAAGACGAAAGCACUUUACAUCUCCUGUGCAAUUUUUGCCUCACUGGCCUCUCCCGGAAGGACGUCUAGACGCAGUGUGGUUCACACGCAGGAUACAUUCUGUGUCAAGGAAGUUAGUGAGUAAUCGGAAAGAUCAGAAGCUGAUGUGCUUCGUCAUUCAGAAUAUAUCUGCAAUACAUCUCUUCUCCAUUUCUCCGUCCAGGUGUGCUAGGGUGUGCUCGGAUUCGAUCUGGUCGUAAGAUCGCCAAUGCUCCUCAACACUCUGGGCGAUGUCCAUCACUCAGGCAUACGUCCUCAUUUUAUGGGAGCAAUAAUAAUAACGGCAUGGUGUUCAAUGGCCAGCCACCCAGGCAUUUUACGGAUGCUCAUGCUUAGUGGAGCGGUCUGAGAUGCUAUUGGGAAACACUGCUAUCUACUUGACUGUAUUUCCUCUCUUACUGCAAUAGACAUGCAUUCGUACUGUUGGUACCACGCUGCUCAAAAACUGGUGAUUUCCAAUGUCGUAGCUUUUAUUUUCGAGCAGGCUGCCCAAGUUCGCUGGCUCGCUCAGUUGCAAUCUGAAUCGCCCUGGCAAUUGUCGACCUCACUUUGCCGUCCUCCAUAGCCAGUAGUCCAGCAAUAGU